GUGGCUGCUGCUGGUGGAGAUGCAGCUGCAGUUUCUCUCCCCUUUGGCCAUUCUCUGGGAGAAUGUGUCCUUGUGGACCUUCGCGGCGUUCACGGUUGUGGGGCUGCUGAUCGUUGAUUAUAUGAAGAGGAGCCGUCCAGCAAAUUUCCCUCCAGGACCACUGCCCCUUCCGUUCCUGGGUCACAUAUUCCAUCUGGACUUCAAGCAGCCUCAUCUCUCCAUGAAGAAGCUUGCUGAAAAAUAUGGCAACAUUUUCAGCCUGCAGCUUGGUUACAAGACGCUGGUGAUUGUGAAUGGGUUGCCGCUGGUGAAGGAAGCACUUGUUCAUCACGGUGAAAACUUUGCAGAUCGUCCCCAGAUCCCCAUUAUGCUGGAGGUCCGCGGUAGCUUGGGACUGGUCUCUGCUAAUGGAUAUAGCUGGAAACAACAGAGACGAUUUGCCCUAUCAACUCUGAGAAACUUUGGCCUGGGGAAGAGAAGCUUAGAGGAGCGUAUACAACAGGAGAUCGGGUACCUCAUUGAGGCAGUUGAGGAAGAGAAAGGGAAUCCUUUUGACCCCCACUUUAAAAUUAACAACGCCGUUUCCAACGUUAUAUGUUCCAUCACUUUUGGCAGCCGGUUUGAAUAUCACGACAGGCACUUCCAGAAGUUGCUGCAGUUGGUGGGUGAGACGCUGUACCUCCAUGGAACUGUUUGGACCCAGCUGUAUAAUUCCUUCCCCACCUUAAUGAAGUGGCUCCCAGGACACCAUCACACCCUUUUUAAAAACUGGGGAAAACUGAAAUGUUUUGUGAAAGAAGAGAUUGCAAAGCACAGGGAGGACUGGAAUCCAGCGGACACCAGGGACUUCAUUGACUGCUAUCUGAAGGAAAUCGCAAAGAAUGAAGCCAGUUCAUCUUUCCAUGAAAAUAAUCUUUUAUUUUCUACUCUGGACCUUUUUUUUACUGGAACUGAGACAACCUCCACAACCAUCCUCUGGGGCCUACUGUACAUGGCCAUGUAUCCAGAAAUUCAAGAGCGAGUGCAAGCAGAGAUCGACACGGUGAUUGGCCAGUCCCGCCAGCCAGCCAUGGAUGACAGAGACAACAUGCCAUACACCAAUGCAGUGGUACAUGAAAUUCAAAGGAUGGGCAACAUUGUACCUUUAAAUGUGCCCCGAAUGACAACCAGGGACACAACGCUGGCUGGAUUCCACCUGCCAAAGGGUACCAGUCUGAUCUGCAACUUAACAUCAGUGCUGUUUGACAAGAACGAGUGGGAAACUGCCGAUGCCUUUAACCCUGAGCACUUUCUGAAGGAUGGACAGUUCAGAAAGAGGGAAGCUUUCCUGCCCUUCUCAGCAGGGAAAAGGGUUUGCCUGGGAGAGCAGCUGGCUAGAACGGAGCUGUUCCUGUUCUUCACCGCCCUUUUUCAGAAGUUCACGUUCCAGGCUCCAAAGGAUGUGAAGCUCAACCUCCGGUUCAGAAUAGGACUCACUAUGAACCCUCAGCCCUACAAAAUCUGUGCCCUACCUCGCUAGGGAGAGGUGGGAAAAAUUUGCCAUUACCUUAUUUCUCAGAAUUGUUGUAGAUGGUGCUGCGAGCCUCAUGCACUGGUCCCCAAAUGCCCCUUUCUUCUCUGUAUUAGAGGCACCACAAAAAGGGCAAUAGCUUGUUUGGGCUAUGUACAGUCAAAAAGCCUGAGGCUCAAUUAAUUCAAUUCUGGCAGGUUAGUCUAAACUGUGCAAAUUGAAAUGAUAAGUGAACAGACAUUCAUUUCUGAUUGUGGAAGUUCAGCCACAUUGGCCCAGGCCAGAAGCCAGGGGUGCACUAGAGCAGGGGUUGUCAACUGGGGGUAUGCAUACCCCCUUGGGUACUUGGGAAGGCCUCAGGGGGUACACGCGGGGACAGAGUGCCGCCACCCAUCACCCUGUGCUACCAGCGCCCAGGAGCAGGGCCGGGGGGGUUGGGGGGACAAGAGCAGCAGCACCCCUCUGUGAGCCACACAAGCACCACCCGGCCAGCCGGACCCGGGGUGGGGGAGCUUCCCACCACCCCACACUGCUGCUGCACCGCGUCCAGCUGCCGGGGCUAUACUUAUUUAAAAAGUUGAAAACCCCUGCGCUAGAGCAUGCCUCCCUGCUUGGCUGGAGCACAAAGCUUGGGUCAAAGCUGUAGUAAAAAGACGUUAGCCCCCAUAAUUUUGCAGUAAUGCUUGAGCAACAACCAUAUGAUAGAAGUGUCUUCUGACCAUUGUAUGACCCUUUUGUGUAAAGAUCAGGAGGUCUAAUGUCCAAGCUGUGGUCUGUGGUUCUUACUGCUUGCCUUGCAUUUUGAAAUUAUCUCUGUCCAGUGCCUUAAGGUUAUGUUAAGAUAGGAAGUUACUAAAGUUUAACUAACUUUGUUGAAAUUGCUCUUUUCU